UGUUGUCACGUGAUCAUACAAACAUGGCGGUCGACAGCCGAAAACGACGGUGAAGUCAAAUAUUUUUAACUCGAAAACUCUAUCCUGAGAUCCACAAUGCGGAGGUACAGAGUUAAAGCGUCCAGUCCUUGAAGCCUGGCAGCUGUCAGAUUAACGCCCCUACCCUACACUAGAUCCUUGGCCUACUCUGGUAGGCACUGCACAUGUCUGGACCCCAUGUCAGCACGCUCUAGCUCCCUACGCUCCCCGAUCCCUUACUCCAGCGGGCGCCAAGCUGCCAGGAUGCCUGUACCACCAUCAUCCCCGAAGCCACAACGCAGAUCGUACGCGGACCUUCCUGGAUCCCGCUACAACAGCAGCAGCACGCUGUCUGCAGGGCGCAAAUAUGGCAUAGGUGGCACCAGCUACGGCAGCACAGCUGUUCAACGGCGGCCAUUGCCUGAUGGUCCAGGACCACUGGAUAGAUACGGAAAUAAGAUGGAUCCUACCACCCAUACAAGUUUUAAACCAAGGCGGACCUCUGUGGCGUCAACUGUGAGGAAUGGACCUUUGAAGGCCGAUCAUGAUUUUACUACAUCUUAUGACAGUACAGCGUCAACUCGGACGAGUACUUUACCACGCACACAACGGACAAGUAGCAUUAGUGAUUUGACUAGCGAUUUGGAUAGGAUGAAUACAUCAGGUAGAAUCACUCCCUCCAGGUUUUCUCGACAUCGUGGCAACACUUUACAACUCAAUGAUGAAAACAAGGCAAGGACUGAAAAAAGUCGAGAUGAGACAAUAGACGGUUACUCCUUGCCAAGCUCAAAAUACAAUGGAUAUUCUGCUAAACAGGAGUCAAAGUAUGACUCUGGAUACAACUCAUUUUCAAGUACCAAGUCUGACAAUAAUGAUGCCAUCAGCACUUCUUCUUACAGACAUAAGGAACGGAUCUCGGCAACGUUCAAACCUGACAUCACGACGACAAGUCCAGUCAGGCCAGUAACUAGGUAUAGCUCAGAAGAUGACAGUUCCAGUCCGGGAAGUAGGUUGUCUCAUUCUAACGCUGCCAGUGGGAGACAAGACUCAGUGGCUUCUAUAGGCUCCAACUCUAAUAGUCAUAUAGGCAAGGACAAUGCAGUGAUAUCCCCUGUAGCAGGAAAAGAAAAAUGUGGACUCACGGGAUUACGCAAUGUCGGCAAUACAUGUUUUAUGAACUCUAUCCUCCAGUGUCUCAGUAAUACACAGCUACUGGUGGAGUACUGCCUCAAGGAUAAUUAUGCUAAGGAUCUCAACAAAACUACCAGCAGUAUGAAGGGGCAAUUGAUGAAUGCCUAUGCAAGCCUGAUGAAGCAACUGUGGAAGGAUUACACUGACUGUGUGUCUCCAACCUCGUUCAAGAGUCAAAUACAGAGGUUUGCUCCCAGGUUUAUGGGGUACAAUCAACAAGAUUCCCAGGAGUUUUUACGUUACCUGCUGCAGGGACUUCACGAGGACAUCAACAGAGUCCAGAGUAAGCCUAAACCCAUGAUAAUCAGUGACAAGGAUGAAGAAAAUUUAAGUACCAGUGAGAAGGCUACCAUGUACUGGAAGAGCUACCUGAGGAUUGAUGACAGCAAGAUUGUUGAUCUCUUUGUUGGUCAGUUACGCAGCACCUUGACUUGCACGGCAUGUGAUCAUAGUUCUGUGACCUUCGACCCUUUCUGGGACCUAUCGGUCCCCAUACCUAAGAGCUCGAAUAUUACAAUAAUGCAUUGUAUACAGGAGUUUAUGAGGGAAGAAAUCUUAGAUGACGAUGAGAGACCAACUUGUGAAAGGUGCAAAACAAGGAGAAAAUGCACGAAGACAUUUUCAAUACAGAAGUUUCCACAAAUUCUAGUGCUGCAUUUGAAGCGUUUUUCUGGGGAAAGAUUUCGCUCCAAGUUGGCCACAUACGUAGAUUUCCCCAUGAAUCUAGACCUCUCGGAAUUUGCUGGAGAAACAAAAGGUCAUCGUCCAGUGUAUAAUCUCUAUGGGGUGUCCAACCACUCAGGGACAGUGUUUUCUGGUCACUAUACGGCCUACUGUAAACAUCCGUAUAACAAAGACUGGUACCACUACAAUGACAGCAGAGUUUCUCCCAUAUCAUCAAACCGUGUGACCUCCUCAGAAGCCUACGUCCUUUUCUACGAGUUGGCUCAUCACAACGCCAAGCUGUAGACAAGUCAUAGAUGAACUGUAGACAAAUCUUAUUUUCUUGAUACAUAGACUUUAUACAUGUAACACAUGGCUACAGUUAAGACCUGCGGCAUGAUUUGUCUACUGGUCACAGACUUCAAGCUGGUGAAAGUGGCUGAAGAAGAUUCCCAGGUUGAAGUGUUCGGAUGAGGGCAUGUUUAUAUACAGCAAAUAUGUCGUGAAUUCUCAGACCAAUUAUGUCUUGAAUGUUCAGUCCAAGUGUGUUAUAAAUGGAACAAAGGUUUAAAAAGAAUCAGAAAUAAAAACUUGAGUUUGUUGUUGGCCACUUUUAAAAGAUACUUAAAAACAUUUGGGGAAGACUGGGGACUAGUAGGAUGACGGAGAACAGCGCUGGUGACUGGAAAAUGUCUUUAUUUAUUGUAGCAUUUAUGCAUAUCUUCUUUUUCUUCAUUUAUUUUGCUGGAAAGUGAAAGGAAGAUAAAUACUCUGCUCCGUGAAAUUAAGACGAAUCAUUUUAGUGCAGUUUUAUCUUGUUAGAUGUCUGCUCAAGGACCAGUUUCCUUAGACAUUAUCAUCUUGGUGAUUUAUUAACAUUUUUGUGCCAAAUAUGCUUUUAGUGAGAGAUCAACUUACAUUGUCAAUCCAUAGUGUAAGUGGAAUAAUUUAGAAUAUUUCUUUUAUCAUUGAUAUUUUUCAGCAGUAAAGAAUGUUUGACAAGUUACUUAAUAUUGCAUAUGACAUGUUAUGCAUAAUCUUUAUUGAAAAAAACUUGUGAAACUGAAAUGAAAUUGUUUUUAGGAUAACUUCUUAGAAUAUAAUUGGAUUCAAACUUUGAGUGAUAAUUUACCAUUAAGUAAAAGCAAUACGUUUUAAAGGGCCCUGUCAUAAAAUGUGAUAAGCUGCAUUUUAGUUGUGUUUUGCAUGUCCUGUGUACACAGGCUUGUUAUAAAGAUUGUUUGUGAUACACCUAUUAUUAUGUAAUGUUAUACGUAUUUAUUGUGGCUACUUACAAAUAUAUUUAUUAAGUUAUUGCCUACAAGGUUGAUGGAAUUUUAACUUGUAGGACUCUAUGAAUCAUUAUCAUGCAAAGUUUGAUGUAAGCUAAGGUAUGCAAGCAACAGUUUUCACAAGAAACAUGAUUGAAAACUCGGACUGAUAUUGUUCAGAAGGAGAAAUAAAGUGAAAUAAAAAAGAAAGAAAAGUUAUAUUCAAGCCCUUGUGAUGGAUUUAUAAGAAGACCUGGGAUGGUUUAUACAGUACAUGUGACCAAGAAUUUGGUCUUAUAUUAUUGUGAUUCUUCAGCUGGAUAUGCAUGGUGUUAAAAUGCUGUACAUGAUUUCUUAAAGAAAAGGAAGCUGUACAUAUCAUAAUGUACCACUAUUUAAAAUAAUAAGCUAAAUAAUUUUUUUCAGAACAGUAUAUAGCUGCCAGUCAGAUUGUAUGACUCUUCUGUAUUUUUGUAAAUGGAUUGUUGCCAAU